UUGAAGAUUUAUUUAUUCAUUUAGAACGUAUUUUCUCCAUUGGGGGAGUAUGGCCGUUCAAACGAACAUAUAUUCGUUUCGCAAUUUAUAUAUCAUAUUAUAUUCUAUAUCUUGUUAUGGCAUAUACUAAUCUUUAUGAUGUUUUUGGUAAUCUGGAGCUGAUAGUGAUGAAUCUCGUGGAAACAGUAGCAUAUACUAUGACAUUUACGAUAUUGUGGCUGAUUCGUUAUAGUAAUUUGUUGAAGCAUCUAAUUAAUGCGAUUAAAAAGGAUAUGAAGGAUCGCAAAUUUGAAAAUUCUGAAGAAGAAAGAAUUUACUAUAAUUAUAAUUACACGUCCAAGAUAUUUACAUAUGGCUCGAUUACUGGCAUGUUCAUUACAAUCAUGACGUUGUAUUUUAGACCGCUUUUACGUUUCUCAACUAGCGAUAAAGUGUUACAUAACGAUACAGAAUCUUUUAUGUUACCCUACAGAGUGCAUACAUUUGUCGACACUACUAAUAGUUAUACAUAUAUAUUAAUGUAUUUGUACUUAUUCCCGAUGGUUUAUGCCGCUAUUUGUCACAUGGCGGCGAUUUGUUUAAUAGUUAUUUUAGUGUUCCACAUUUGUGGGGAAUUAUCCAUUUUAUCAUACCGUAUCAGAAAUAUUAGAACAUACUCACAAGAUAUAGUGGUAAAUAGAAUUUGUAAUUUUGUUCGAAUGCAUCUCAAAAUAAUGUGGAUGGCGAAAUCCGUGGAUAAUAUUUUCAAUUUAAUUCUUUUGGAUGAACUUCUUGGCAAUAGUAUUGUAUUGGCUAUUUCGCUGUACUAUGUCAUAACAAACUUACAGGUUUCGGAAAUGGCGACUUGUUGCACUUUUAUAUUUUUGCCGCUACAGCGCUUGUUAUCUUUUGGAUACUGUUUAAUUGGUGACCAACUGACUCAACAGGUAUUGUUGGAUAGAAAUAAUAAGCAAUUAUGCCACACGUGCUCGGAGUUAGUUGCCCUUUUCGGGCCGAUAUCUGAACCGACGCUUUGA